CAUCAGGCGGAGGUCAGAUCAGCGCCAGUCAGCUGCAGAGCAGCAGGUUGAUCUCCGGUCCAUCAGCAGUGAAGCCCCCCCACACACACAGACAUGCACUUUGAUGACAUCCUGAAGAACAUCGGAGGCUUCGGCCGGUUCCAGAAGCUCCUGUACGUAUGGAUCUGCGUGCCUCAGAUCUUCCUGGCGUUCCACAUGCUAGUGUCGGUGUUCACGGGGGCCGUCCCCCCCCAUCUCUGCCGUUCCUCCUGGUCUUCAGAGGGGCCCCCAGGCUCUGUGAACUUCAGCUCUCUGAGCGUCCAGCCCGAGCUGGCCUGCUCCGGCCCCGGGAACCGCAGCGGCCCCGGGGGCCCCGCAGAUGGACGCCCGCCCGGGACCUGCCUCGGGGGCUGGGAGUACAGCACGGACACCUUCCAGAGCACCACCGUCACUGAGUGGGACCUGGUCUGUGAGAAUGCCAGCAUGAACAAUCUGGGUUCCUCCAUCUACAUGUUUGGCCUCCUGGUUGGAGCUCUGGUGUUUGGAAACUUGGCUGAUAAAUACGGUCGCAGAAUCAUCAUCCUCAUCAGUCUGGCUAUCCAAGCCGUGUUUGGAACCGCUGCAGCUUUUGCACCGAAUUUCUACGUCUACACCGCUCUCCGCUUCAUGGUUGGAACAUCGAUCUCUGGUGUGAUCAUGAACGCCUUUGUACUUGGCACCGAGUGGACCGGCUUAAAACAGCGAAUGCUGGCUGGUAUAAUCACAGACUACUUCUUCGGCUUUGGAUACAUCCUCCUGGCUGGCUUAGCGUACCUCAUCAGAGACUGGCGAAAGCUGCAGCUAGCCAUCUCAGCACCUGGGUUCCUCUUCAUCAUCUACAUCUGGGUUUUACCAAAGUCAGCUCGCUGGCUGAUGGCAAACGACAGAGUGGAGGAGGCUCUGGAAGUGAUUGUAAAAGCGGCACAGAUGAAUGGGAAGCCCAUCAGCAAAGACAUAGAGAUGUGUCAGCAGGUAUACAAGGCUGAUCAGACCGCUGUGCUGAAGAAAAAACACUCCUUCGUCGACCUGGUUCGAACCCCGACCAUGAGGAAGCACUCCCUGAUCGUUUUCUACUUGUGGUUUGUCAACGUCCUCGUUUAUUACGGCCUGUCUCUCAACAUCUCUGAUUUUGGAAUGAACAUCUACUUGACACAGAUGAUCUUCGGCCUGGUGGAGAUGCCCGCUCGCACCAUCACCCUGUUCACUCUCAACCGCUCUCGCAAAAUCUCCCAGCUGGCGUUCCUGGCAGUGGGUGGCUCUGCGUGCCUGCUCACCAUCUUCAUCCCCAGCAGACUCUUCAUCGUGAAAACAAUCCUUGCCAUGAUUGGAAAGUUUGGGAUCACAGCUUCUUUGUCCAUUAUUUACGUCUACUCAGCUGAGGUCUUUCCAACAGUGAUCAGACAAAAUGGGAUUGGGAUAGGAUCCAUGUGUGCACGGACUGGGGGGGUCUUGGCUCCCAUGAUGUACCUUCUAAGGAGCAUUAGUCCUCAUGCUCCCAUGGUUCUUAGCGGCCUCUGCCCGCUGGUGGGAUCCGCCCUCACGCUGCUGCUGCCGGAGACAGCCAACAAGCCCCUCCCUGAUACGAUUGAAGAUGUUGAGGGGGUGAUCCUCAGUGAUGAGGAUGAUGCUGUGAAAACAGUCAUGUUUGACGUGCCUCUGUCAACGAUGACUGCUCCAGAAAGCACCAGGACAGAGUAGCAGCCACCAGAUGGCGCUGCUUCAUUUCAGUAUUUAGCAGUUUUUUGUUUAUUUUUGUCAAAGACAGAAGUCUCUUCUUCCAGUGGAAGUGUCUGUUAGAUUUGUUUUUCAUAAAUCUUUGCAGAUGAGCCAAUUUACAGAAACUGAAUCAAUAACAAGGAAGUGUUUUUACUUUCUUUUCUUUUUUGUACAUAUUUUGUAUCUCACUGUAAAAUAUCCUUAGCGCACAUAAUUGCAUCUUUCUAUGACUCACUCUACGAGCAGGAAGCUGACAAUCACUGUUUGUUCAGGAGCUGAAGAUGGUGAUGACCUUAUGUGAUGUUAUUGAACUGUAUUUCCUGCGCCUCUCCAGACCACGACCUGUGAGACCCUGUGGUAUUUGUCUCAUCAUUGCCCACUGUUUUCUCCUGAGGAUAACCUGUGGGAGGAUUUGUUUACUGCUUAUUGGUUUUAUCUCUGUGUAACAUGAAGACUACUGUAUGUGCUGGAUCAGAACAUGGAGAGACUUUAGUCUUCUUUCAUCAUGAUUCAUGAAGAAAUGGAUUUCAAACCUUGUUGUGAAGGAUCUUGUUGGCUUGUCAUAGGCGUGCUGUGACCCACCAGUCGGAACUGUUGUUAACCUGACUGGAACAUGUAGACACAUUUCAGAACCUUUCAGAUCAGCUAGCUUCUCCUCAGGUGCAGUGAAGUCUCGUUUUAUUUCAUGUACUGAUGUUCAGUCUUCUCAUAUCCACACCUCACUUACAGGAACAACAUUUAACUGUAACACGAAACAAACCAGACUGACAAAAAAUCUGAAAAACCUCAUACUUUGACACAUUCAAAACAGGUAGAAAACAAGAACUCCCAUAAUGUACAGUAUCUCACUGCUUGCAUUCCAGUGAGUGUGGUUAUUCCAUAUCAAAAUAAAGGUCAAAUGUUGCACUCACCA